CAAGAGCGGGCUCAGCGGACCCUGGCCUUUUGUCGGGCACGGGUUGUGUCUGGUCAUGGGGUGCCAAUGGGUGCUGCGCGCCCCGAAGCCCCGGCCAGCUCGGCCGCGGGCCGCAGUUGGCUCCCGUGGUCCUCCCAGAGGCUCAGGCAGCUCAGUCAGUGCAGGGAGCCGCCGCCCGAGGCACCAGGAUCUGCCGGGGGCCGUCCGACGCGGCCAUAAAUCGUCAUGGGUGACGAUAACGGCCAGAUUAUUGAGAAGGAUCAGAAAGGCAAUGGUGAGCCUCGGGCGAGAUGGGGCAACCGUAUCGAGUUCCUGCUGUCCUGCAUCGCCAUGUCGGUGGGACUGGGCAACGUGUGGAGAUUUCCGUUCACCGCCUACGAGAACGGCGGUGGCGCCUUCCUUCUGCCGUAUCUAUUCGUGCUGAUUACCAUAGGAAAGCCGAUGUACUUCAUGGAGCUGGCCUUGGGGCAGUUCUCAUCACACGGGAGCGUCAAGGUCUGGAGCGUUGUGCCGGCAUUUAAAGGUGUCGGGUACGGCCAGCUAACAGCCACGUCCGCCGUGCUCUCCUACUACGUGGCGCUGAUGGCGCUCACGGUGUUCUACUUUUUCGCCUCGUUCUCGUCGGUAUUGCCGUGGAUGGUGUGCGACCCGAGCUGGGCCGACCUGACGCGCUGUGUCGACCCCACCACCAACCUGUCCCAGCUCACCAGCAACGACACCAUGGGAUCCACCGAAAUGUACUUCCAGAUGAACGUGCUGAAGGAGCUGCCCAACAUUGACCAGGGUAUCGGCCUGCCCUGCUGGAAGCUGACACUCUGUUUUCUCUUCUCCUGGCUGAUCGUGUUCCUCACCAUGGUGAAGGGCGUGCACAGCUCCGGAAAGGUCGCAUACUUUACUGCCAUCUUCCCAUACGUCGUGCUGAUCACUCUCCUGAUCAGAGGGCUGACGCUCCCCGGUGCCUACGACGGAGUCGUGUUUUACAUCAAACCGAGAUGGAACGAACUGCUCAACGCUAGGGUGUGGUACGCGGCCAUCACCCAGUCCUUCUACUCCCUCUCCAUCGGGUUCGGACCGCUGGUCAUGUACUCGAGCUACAACGACUUCAGAGACCCCGUCGCCAGAGACGCAGCCAUCAUCAGCGUGGCCGACAUGUUGACCUCACUGCUGGCCGGGUUCGUCAUAUUCGGCAUCCUGGGUAACCUGGCUCACGAGCUGGACACCACGGUGGACCAGGUCAUCAAGGGCGGCGGCACGUCGCUGGCCUUUGUCUCGUACCCGCAGGCGCUGGCCAACUUCCCCGGGGUGCCGCAGCUGUUUGCCGUGCUGUUCUUCCUCAUGUUGUUCACGCUGGGUGUGGGCUCGGCCACCGCCCUCACCGGCUGCGUCAUCACCAUCCUUCGGGAGGAGUUCCCCAGUGUCAGUCAGCUGGCGGCCACCACCAUCGUGUCUGUGGGAGGCUUCCUCGUCGGACUCGUCUACAUUACGCCGGGAGGUCAGUUCAUUCUAAACUUGGUGGACUUCUUUGGAGGCGGAUUUAUCGUGUUCAUCCUGGCGACUCUGGAAGUUGUGGCUAUCCAGUGGGUUUACGGCAUCAAAAACUUCUGUGACGACCUGGAAUUUAUGACUGGCGCUCGUCCCAACUGUUAUCUGAAGUUUUGCUGGAUGUUUUUCAUCCCACUGGCUCUCAUGGCCAUCUUUAUCUACUCGGUGGCUACCAUGAAACCUCUGACGUACGGCAAAGUCGAGUACCCGGACAGCGCAAUGAUCUGCGGGGGAGUGCUCAUCCUUCUGACUCUUCUCAUGCUGCCGGUCUGCUUCGCCCGCGAGGUCUACAGGGCGAAUGGAAUGACCCUUCUGGAGCGGGUGCGGUCGACGUUCCAGCCGGCAGCGGACUGGGGUCCGGCAGAAAACGAGCACCGCAGGGAGUGGCUGCAGGCCACCGGCCGAAAGGACCCACUGGCCGGCCGGGAGUCGCACCGGCGGCCGCGGCCGCCGCUCCAGCCGCGCCGCCCCAGCUACCGGCCCGGCCCCGAGCCCGCCUACCGACACAGUGUGGCGUUCGCAGUACCGCCACCGGCACUGGAGCGCGGUCAGCGCCGCCUGGCGGAGCUGACACGAAGACACAGUGCGCCGCACCGCUCGCUAGGCGGCGGGUAUGUGAAUGAAGCUGUGACCGGCAGUCGUACAGAUGUGGCCGAUGAACGUGUAUGAGCACCGUUCCGUGCUUCUAUCCUCAGGAUACUGAAAUCCUUCUCCUCCACGCCGCAACCCCCCUCCGGGCUGGACAGGCAACUUUAUCUCAUGCGGGCUGCUCCCUUGGAGCGGCACCGCUGCUCCUGAGGGAGCGCACCCCGUAGCCGGGUGCAGUGAGUGCCUUGGGGCUGGGUGGCCUGUCCUCUGGACGGGCUCAGCCCCGGCGACUCACUAGGGUGCCUGCCCAGACCAAUGUCUCCCCCUAAUUCCUAUCAUCCUUCCGGCUCUGCAAUGGUCUUGUCGACCGAAAGGGCCUAACCCAACAAAACAAACAAACAAACAAACAAACAAACAAACAAACAAACGUGUAUGAGCGGACCACCAGAGGGGAUGUCGACAUUCGACAGGUGUAUCACAAGGUCAGUGAGUCCGUGUACUCGAGUCAGCUUGGUAGCUAGAUGUACAGCGCUACAGAAAGGCGGAAAGGGGGCGAGGUCGAUUUAGUGGCUAAGCAGAGCACGAUGCGUGGUGCGCAUGAUGCAUCUCGUUCCGUCGUUUCCAUCCUCAGGAUGCUGAAAUCCUUCUCCUCCACGCCGCAACCCCCACUCCGGACUGAACAGGCAUCUUUAUCUCAUGCGCACUGUUCCCUUGGAACGGCACCACUGCUCUCGAGGGAGCACACCCCGUAGCCGGGUGCAGUGAGUACCUUGGGGCUGGUCGGCCUGUCCUUCGGGACGGGCUCAGCCCCGGCGGCUCACUAGGGUGUCUGCCCAGACCAACGUCUCCCCCUAAUUCCUAUCAUCCCUCCGGCUCUGAAAUGGUCUUGUCAGAUCGAAAGUGCCUAACCCAACAAAACAAGACAAACAGCUUGAUGCAUGAAGUGUAGCCUGUAGUAAUCAAAACAGAAGGGCCUAUGUUGCAAAAAAAGUCUAAUUUAGAGCUGACGUUUACAGUGGAUGUGCUGAAUGCCCUUCUGUAGUGCUCUCUGCUUCUGUAACUGUAUUUUAAGCGAGUCUUUUGUAUGGAAAUACAAAUUCGCUUUCA